ACAUUUGGUAUUAGAGCUAAGUGUUGAACAUCCCCCAAGGGCCACUCACCAUCACUCCCUUCCCUCCUCCCAAAGAAAAUCCCCAAAGCCAAACUAAACGACCUUCCCCACCUCUUUCCACUUCAGCCAUGUCAAAUGAAUCCCGAACUAUGUCUCAUGAAGAGCUCAUUGCCUCAAAUACAGCCUUGAAAGCCCAAGUAGAGUACUUGGCUAAAGAGGUAGCCAAGCUUACGAAGAUGAAGCUCAACGAGCUCCAAGGAAGUGACCGUGAAGAAGACAUUAGCUCUAGUGGAACCAUGAAGCCUAAAGCCAAUGAAGGUUCUGACUUCAAAGUUGACAUCCCAACUUUUGAAGGGAAGAACGACCCGGACGAGUUCCUUGAGUGGCUAGAAACAGUGGAACGCGUCUUUGACUUCAAAGAUGUUUCCGACGAAAAGAAGGUCAAGAUAGUGGCCUUAAAGUUCCGGAAGUAUGCAUCAACCUGGUGGACUAAUACGUGCACCAAGAGGAGAAGAAACGACAAGGAGCCAGUGUCUACGUGGAUAAAGAUGAGGUCCCUUCUAAAGAAGAAGUUUUUACCCGCCGAAUAUGUUCGUGAGAAUUUUGCUAAGCUCCAAACGCUUAGGCAAGGAUUGGGCCGCGUCACACAUGAUUACGCGGCGUUGACGAUGGAGUUUCGUUGGAAGGAUAAAUCUGUGGUCCUCCAGGGAGGGUUUCCUCCGCCGAAAACAGUUUCUCUCAAUAGCCUUCAGGCACUGCAUGAUUCUUCACAUGUGGUAGCAUAUUUUGAGUUACUGUAUUUGGAAAAAAGUGGGACACAUGAUGGUUCUACACAGCACACUCCAGCCACAAUCGAGGAAAUGAGCAGCGAUUGCCCUGGGCCUGUGCGGGAGUUAACGGUGAUCCAUUCCACUGUCUCUCUCUCUACGCUGCCAUCUCUCGAUGUCGACGACGGCUCACGGGUAAACAAAGAAACGAAAUCCACUCACCAUCGCGACGCAAGCCUCUCUCUAUCUCGACGAAGACGACGGCUCACUGUCAGAGUUUCUUCACCUUCAAUUGAAGGUAUACUUAAUUGGUGGCAAGAAUAUGAAUAUUGAGGUUACCUCUGAAGCGCACUCAUUAAGCUCAAGACCUAUUUGUCAUUGUGGACAUGCUGCAACACUACGAGUCUCACGGCAAGCAAAUUCAUUUGGAGACAAAUUCUAUGGGUGCCCAAAAUUGCGAACAUUGCCCAUGGGGGUAUGUAUCUGAUUGUUCGUUCUUUGAAUGGCUACACAAGAAAUGUGAAAAUAUGAGAAACGAGAAGUUUUCUUGCAUAUUUGUAUUCUGUUUUUGGUGGGAUUGUUGUUGUACCAAAAUCUUGUUCAUUGAAACAAAUGCAGUUAGAUGUAUCAGUAGCACCAUCUGUAUGGAAUUAUGAAACUGGUGUUUUUUCCUUGUAACCAAUGAAUGUUUCUAUCUAUAAUAAGUGUGUUUUUUUUUA